AUAAGGGGUUCGGAGAGCUGGCAGAGGUAGCAGUACGUGUGCUUGACCUGAGGAGUGUGGACAGACCCACCCUCAAGCCCACCAUGGCAUGGAGUAUAUCUACACUCUGUGCUCUGGCCCUGGCUUUGACCUGUGGCCUCCAGGUGAACGCAGUGAGGGUGCGCCAUAGCAACCAUACCAGCAACAUAUGUAGCAUGUGGGGAAAUUUCCACUUUCAGACAUUUGAUGGGGACAUCUACUCAUUCCAAGGCACUUGUGAAUAUAACCUAGUCUCUGACUGCCGUGGGCCUGUGCAGGGUUUCUCUGUGCACGUGAAAAGAGCAGAGACCCCUGGGAACUCAAAAAUCACCAGAGUUCUGGUCACUAUAGGAGACAUGGCCAUUGAGCUCACCAAGAAUGUGGUUAUGGUCAACAGCGAUAUUGUAAAACUGCCACAAUAUGUAGCAGGGGUGAUGCUUGAAGAGAACUUUAUCUACAUUAAACUUUACGCCAAACUGGGCCUCAGUGUCACAUGGAAUAAAGAUGAUUCUAUCAUGGUGGAACUGGACACUAAAUAUGCUAAUCACACCUGUGGACUUUGUGGAGAUUUCAAUGGGGUUCCUGUUUAUGACGAGUUCCUAAGUUAUGGUCGUGUCACUGGCUUCAUUGAGUUUGGCAACAAGCACAGGAUCCACAACCCCAAUGACAUGUGUGAGGACCCUUACGAAGAAUUUGACAGUGAAGAAAACAAACUCGACAAGUGCCAAUCAUUUCGAGAAGACUGUUCUGAGCUGCUGGAGGAUGAACGCUGGUCCCUCUGUAGGAAUGUUUUGAGUCCAGAGCCUUAUAUUCAAGCCUGCAUGAUGGACAGGUGCAGGAGUCGCCCAGGGGACCUAGAGGACAAUACAGCUCUCUGCAGCACCCUGUCUGAGUACUCACGCCAGUGCUCCCAUGCAGGGGGAAGGCCACCCAACUUCAGAACACCAACCUUUUGUGCUGUGAAUUGCCCCUUUAACAUGGAGUACUCUGAGAGCGGUUCCCCAUGUCAAGACACGUGCACACACACAGAAACCAGCUCACUGUGUGAGGAACACAAGAUGGAUGGCUGCUUCUGCCCACCUGGUACUGUGUUUGAUGAUAUCUCUAAGAGAGGCUGUAUCCCUCAGGAUCAGUGCCAGUGUAAGCACAACAAGGUGUACAACCCUGGAGAGGUUCUGCUCAAGGAUGAUGAAGAAUGUGUGUGUCAACAGGGAAGGUGGAUCUGCAAGAGUCUGUCUGUCCCAGGUGUGUGUGCUAUGGAGGAGGGUUCCCACUUCACUACUUUUGAUGGAAAAGAAUUUACCUUCCAUGGGAACUGCUAUUAUGUUGUUUCCAAAGACUGUGUGGACUCAAAGUUCAUUAUUUUGGGACAACUUAUUCCUUGUGUUGCCCAACCUACAGACACUUGCCUGAAAUCAGUUGCAUUACUACUCAACAACGACAAGAGUAAUGCCUUAAUCAUCAAAGAUGAUGGCAUAGUAAGGCACAAUGGAGAUAUAACCCUCCCUUACACCACUGCUGAAUUCACCAUAUUCAGACCGUCGUCCUUCCACAUCAUGUUGCAGACCACUUUUGGGCUCCAGAUGCAGGUGCAACUGGUUCCACUCAUGCAGCUCUACAUCACCCUGGAUCAGAGCUUCCAGACCAAGACCUGUGGUCUGUGUGGAAACUUCAACAUGGUGCUGUCUGAUGAACUGACGACCCCACAAGGUGUAGUUGAAGGGACAGCCACAUGCUUUGGGAAUUCCUGGAAGGCUCAGUCCAACUGUCCUGACUAUACAGAGAGGCUUGAUGACCCCUGCAGCUACAGCAUAGACAGUGAGAGCUAUGCAGAGCACUGGUGCUCUAAACUGAAGGAGAAGGAAGGUGUUUUUACGAAAUGCCAUUCUACUGUUAACCCAGAAAGCUACUACAAGAGGUGUAAAUACUCAAGCUGCACGUGUGAGAAGAGCGAGGACUGUCUGUGUGCUGUCUUCUCCUCCUAUGUUCGGGCAUGCGCAGCAAAGGGUGUGUUCUUGCAAAGCUGGAGACACACAGUGUGUGAGAAAUAUACUAAAAGCUGCCCAGCUUCCCAGACUUUCACCUACAAGGUUAAGCAAUGCCAGCACACAUGUGACUCCCUUAGCUUGGAACGUCAGGGCUGCAGCACUGACUACGUGCCCGUGGAUGGAUGUGUCUGUCCAGAAGGGCUCUAUGAGAGUGAGAAUGGUGUUUGUGUGCCCAUAGACAAAUGCCCCUGUUAUUACAAUGGAGAGCACAUUAAACCUGGCAAGUCAAUCAACAUCAAAAAUGAGCACUGUAUUUGUACAAAUGGAAAGCUUCACUGCCAAUCCUGGAGGCCUCGUCUUAAAGAAUGUCCUGCUCCAAAGGUCUUCUUUAACUGCAGUACAGCAGGGCCGGAUGAGCAUGGGUUAGCGUGUGCACAAACAUGUGCACAAAAGAACGUUGACUGCUAUCUUGCAGACUGUGAGUCAGGAUGUCAGUGUCCUGCAGGCCUGCUUGAUGAUGGUCGUGGUUACUGUGUUAAGGAGCAUGACUGCCCUUGCCAACAUGACAAUCACUUUUAUGCUCCAGGUUCUCAAAUAUCAGACCAGUGUAACAAAUGCAUCUGUAAACAUGGCAAGUGGGAUUGCACCAAGAAAAAAUGCCCUGGCACUUGCACCAUCUAUGGCAGUGGACAUUACAACACUUUCGAUAAGCAAAGAUUUGGUUUUAGUGGAGAUUGUAGUUAUAUAGUUGUCCAGGACAAUUGUGGAAAUAAGACAGGGACAUUUCAUGUGAUCACAGAGAACGUACCAUGUGGGACAACAGGGACCACUUGUUCCAAAGCUGUUCGGAUUGUACUGGGAAGAACAGAGCUGGAGUUGAGGGAUGGCAAAAUAACAAAAACUGAGGUUAAACCUGGUCUAUCUAUUAAGGUCAAUGUGAGAAAUGUGGGUCUUUACCUGGUCAUAGAUUCUGCCAUUGGCCUAACAGUUCUGUGGGACCGUAAAACGACAGUCCGCAUCAUUCUUCAACCUGAGCAUAUGGGAGAGGUUUGUGGAUUGUGCGGAAACUACAAUGGAAAUGGCAAAGACGACUUCACCACUCAAAGCUUGCUGCAUGUUUCUGAUGUUUUGGAAUUUGCAAACAGCUGGAAAGUAAACAACCCUUGCCCAGAUGCUAAGCCAGACUUUGAUCCAUGUUCUGGAACACCUAACCGCCACACUUGGGCAAAACUGCAGUGCAGCAUCAUUAAAUCUGACACUUUCAAAGACUGCCACAAUAAGGUGGAGUGGACCCCAUAUUUUGACAACUGUGUAAAAGACUCAUGUGCAUGUGACACUGGUGGGGACUGCGAAUGUUUCUGCACUGCUGUGGCAGCUUAUGCACAAGCCUGUCAUGAAGCAGGAGUCUGUGUCGCUUGGAGAACCCCAGAGAUCUGUCCUGUAUUCUGUGACUACUACAAUAACCAGUAUGAAUGCACAUGGCACUACAGUCCCUGUCACACACCAUGCUACAAAACCUGCCUCAACCCUAGCGGCAACUGCACCAACCCUUUACCUAAUGUGGAAGGAUGUUAUCCCAAAUGUCCAGACGACAAGCCUAUUUUUGAUGAAAAGAAACAAAUUUGCGUUGAGGAAUGUGAUGUAUGCAUCAUCAAUGGAACAGAGUACAUACCUGGGGAGCCAAUACCAACUGAAAAACUAUGCUCUUCAUGUUACUGUGGUGAAAAUGGAGAGGAAAAAUGUUCUCCCAAACCUGGGUGCUGCAUUUACAAUGGAACACAAUAUAAUGCCUCUGAUGUCAUAUACAAUGUAACGGACAACAUGGGAACAUGUUACUAUGCUAUAUGCAUAAUAAAUAGCACUGUCAUUAAUGGCACCUAUCCCUGCUCAACAACCACUGCACCACCAACAACAACAACAGAAACAUCAACUACACCCGAAAGCACCUCCCAGAGCACAACAGAACCCUCUAGUACUACACACACUACAUCACCUACAACCAGUGAAAGCAGUACUACACUCACGAUAACUACACCAUGCAGAUGUGAAUGGACUGACUGGAUCAAUGUGUAUGACCCAACAGAAAAAGGGGGAGAUGAUUUAGAAACAUAUGAAAAUAUCAAGAAUAGUGGAAAGGUGAUAUGUGAUCAUCCAGAAGACAUCCAGUGCAGAAGUGUACAGCAACCUGAUAUAUCUCUGGAAGAAUUUGUACAAUAUACAGGUCAGGUUGUGCAGUGCAAUGUUUCAUUUGGUUUAACGUGUGAAAAGAAUAAACAGUCACAACGCCCAUACAAAUGUUUUGAUUACGAAAUUAGAGUACUUUGUUGUGAUUGUUUUGAAACAACAACUAGUCGAGUGGUCACAGCAACAUCCCAACCUACAGUAACAACAACUACAACUCCUGUAUCAAGUACAACAGCUGAAAGUAGUACAACACCUACAACUGAGCCACCAUCUACAACUGGAAUAACUACUAAAGCAACAACUACUCCAGUGUUCACAACAACUUCAACUCCUGUAUCAAGUACAACAGCUGAAAGUAGUACAACACCUACAACUGUGCCAACAUCUACAACUGGAAUAACUACCAAAGCAACAACUUCUCCAGUGGUCACAACAACAUCCCAACCUACAGUAACAACAUCUACGCCUCCUGUAUCAAGUACAACAGCUGAAAGUAGUACAAUACCUAUAACUGAGCCAACAUCUACAACUGGAACAACUAUCAAACCAACAACUACUCCAGUGGUCACAACAACAUCCCAACCUACAGUAACAACAACUACAACUCCCGUAUCAAGUACAACAGCUGAAAGUAGUACAACACCUAUAACUGAGCCAACAUCUACAACUGGAACAACUAUCAAACCAACACCCACUCCAGUGGUGACAACAACUACAACUCCUGUAUCAAGUACAACAGCUGAAAGUAGUACAACACCUACAACUGUGCCAACAUCUACAACUGGAAUAACUACCAAAGCAACAACUACUCCAGUGGUCACAACAACAUCCCAACCUACAGUAACAACAUCUACGCCUCCUGUAUCAAGUACAACAGCUGAAAGUAGUAUAAUACCUAUAACUGAGCCAACAUCUACAACUGGAACAACUAUCAAACCAACAACUACUCCAGUGGUCACAACAACAUCCCAACCUACAGUAACAACAACUACAACUCCCGUAUCAAGUACAACAGCUGAAAGUAGUACAACACCUAUAACUGAGCCAACAUCUACAACUGGAACAACUAUCAAACCAACACCCACUCCAGUGGUGACAACAACUAUAACUCCUGUAUCAAGUACAACAGCGGAAAGUAGUACAACAUCUACAACUGAGCCAACAUCUACAACUGGAACAACUACCGAACCAACACCCACUCCAGUGGUCACAACAACAUCCCAACCUACAGUAACAACAUCUACGCCUCCUGUAUCAAGUACAACAGCUGAAAGUAGUACAACACCUAUAACUGAGCCAACAUCUACAGCUGGAACAACUACCAAAGCAACAACUACUCCAGUGGUCACAACAACAUCCCAACCUACAGUAACAACAACUACAAUUCCUGUAUCAAGUACAACAGCUGAAAGUAGUACAACACCUAUAACUGAGCCAACAUCUACAACUGGAACAACUAUCAAACCAACACCCACUCCAGUGGUGACAACAACUACAACUCCUGUAUCAAGUACAACAGCGGAAAGUAGUACAACAUCUACAACUGAGCCACUAUCUACAACUGGAAUAACUACUAAACCAACAACUACUCCAGUGGUGACAACAACAUCAACUCCUGUAUCAAGUACAACAGCUGAAAGUAGUACAACACCUAUAACUGAGCCAACAUCUACAGCUGGAACAACUACCAAAGCAACAACUACUCCAGUGGUCACAACAACAUCCCAACCUACAGUAACAACAACUACAAUUCCUGUAUCAAGUACAACAGCUGAAAGUAGUACAACACCUAUAACUGAGCCACCAUCUACAGCUGGAACAACUACCAAACCAACACCCACUCCAGUGGUGACAACAACUACAACUCCUGUAUCAAGUACAACAGCUGAAAGUAGUACAACACCUACAACUGUGCCAACAUCUACAACUGGAAUAACUACCAAAGCAACAACUACUCCAGUGGUCACAACAACAUCACAACCUACAGUAACAACAUCUAAGCCUCCUGUAUCAAGUACAACAGCUGAAAGUAGUACAACACCUAAAACUGAGCCACCAUCUACAGCUGGAACAACUACCAAACCAACACCCACUCCAGUGGUGACAACAACUACAACUCCUGUAUCAAGUACAACAGCUGAAAGUAGUACAACACCUACCAAACCAACAACUACUCCAGUGGUGACAACAACAUCCCAAACUACAGUAACAACAGCUACAACUCCUGUAUCAAGUACAACAGCUGAAAGUAGUACAACACCUAUAACUGAGCCAACAUCUACAACUGGAACAACUACCAAACCAACACCCACUCCAGUGGUGACAACAACUACAACUCCUGUAUCAAGUACAACAGCUGAAAGUAGUACAACACCUACAACUGUGCCAACAUCUACAACUGGAAUAACUACCAAAGCAACAACUACUCCAGUGGUCACAACAACAUCCCAACCUACAGUAACAACAUCUACGCCUCCUGUAUCAAGUACAACAGCUGAAAGUAGUACAACACCUAAAACUGAGCCACCAUCUACAGCUGGAACAACUACCAAACCAACACCCACUCCAGUGGUGACAACAACUACAACUCCUGUAUCAAGUACAACAGCGGAAAGUAGUACAACACCUACCAAACCAACAACUACUCCAGUGGUGACAACAACAUCCCAAACUACAGUAACAACAGCUACAACUCCUGUAUCAAGUACAACAGCUGAAAGUAGUACAACACCUAUAACUGAGCCAACAUCUACAACUGGAACAACUACCAAACCAACACCCACUCCAGUGGUGACAACAACUACAACUCCUGUAUCAAGUACAACAGCUGAAAGUAGUACAACAUCAACAACUGAGCCAACAUCUACAACUGGAACAACUACCAAACCAACACCCACUCCAGUGGUGACAACAACUACAACUCCUGUAUCAAGUACAACAGCUGAAAGUAGUACAACACCUACAACUGAGCCACCAUCUACAACUGGAAUAACUACUAAAGCAACAACUACUCCAGUGGUGACAACAACUUCAACUCCUGUAUCAAGUACAACGGCUGAAAGUAGUACAACACCUAAAACUGAGCCACCAUCUACAGCUGGAACAACUACCAAACCAACACCCACUCCAGUGGUGGCAACAACUACAACUGCUGUAUCAAGUACAACAGCUGAAAGUAGUACAACAUCUACAACUGAGCCAACAUCUACAACUGGAACAACUACCAAACCAACACCCACUCCAGUGGUGACAACAACUACAACUCCUGUAUCAAGUACAACAGCUGAAAGUAGUACAACAUCUACAACUGAGCCAACAUCUACAACUGGAACAACUACCAAACCAACACCCACUCCAGUGGUGACAACAACUACAACUCCUGUAUCAAGUACAACAGCUGAAAGUAGUACAACAUCUACAACUGAGCCAACAUCUACAACUGGAACAACUAUCAAACCAACACCCACUCCAGUGGUGACAACAACUACAACUCCUGUAUCAAGUACAACAGCUGAAAGUAGUACAACACCUACAACUGUGCCAACAUCUACAACUGGAAUAACUACCAAAGCAACAACUACUCCAGUGGUCACAACAACAUCCCAACCUACAGUAACAACAUCUAAGCCUCCUGUAUCAAGUACAACAGCUGAAAGUAGUACAACAUCUACAACACCUAAAACUGAGCCACCAUCUACAGCUGGAACAACUACCAAACCAACAACCACUCCAGUGGUCACAACAACAUCCCAACCUACAGUAACAACAACUACAACUCCUGUAUCAAGUACAACAGCUGAAAGUAGUACAACAUCUAUAAUUGAGCCAACAUCUACAACUGGAACAACUACCAAACCAACACCCACUCCAGUGGUGACAACAACUACAACUGCUGUAUCAAGUACAACAGCUGAAAGUAGUACAACAUCUACAAUUGAGCCAACAUCUACAACUGGAACAACUACCAAACCAACACCCACUCCAGUGGUGACACCAACUACAACUCCUGUAUCAAGUACAACAGCUGAAAGUAGUACAACAUCUACAACUGAGCCAACAUCUACAACUGGAACAACUACCAAACCAACACCCACUCCAGUGGUGACAACAACUACAACUCCUGUAUCAAGUACAACAGCUGAAAGUAGUACAACAUCUACAACUGAGCCAACAUCUACAACUGGAACAACUACCAAACCAACACCCACUCCAGUGGUGACAACAACUACAAAUCCUGUAUCAAGUACAACAGCUGAAAGUAGUACAACAUCUACAACUGAGCCAACAUCUACAACUGGAACAACUACCAAACCAACACCCACUCCAGUGGUGACAACAACUACAACUGCUGUAUCAAGUACAACAGCUGAAAGUAGUACAACACCUACAACUGAGCCAACAUCUACAACUGGAACAACUACCAAACCAACACCCACUCCAGUGGUGACAACAACUACAACUGCUGUAUCAAGUACAACAGCUGAAAGUAGUACAACACCUACAACUGAGCCACCAUCUACAACUGGAAUAACUACUAAAGCAACAACUACUCCAGUGGUGACAACAACUACAACUCCUGUAUCAAGUACAACGGCUGAAAGUAGUACAACACCUAAAACUGAGGCACCAUCUACAGCUGGAACAACUAUCAAACCAACAACCACUCCAGUGGUGAUAACAACUACAACUCCUGUAUCAAGUACAACAGCUGAAAGUAGUACAACACCUACAACUGUGCCAACAUCUACAACUGGAAUAACUACCAAAGCAACAACUACUCCAGUGGUCACAACAACAUCCCAACCUACAGUAACAACAUCUAAGCCUCCUGUAUCAAGUACAACAGCUGAAAGUAGUACAACAUCUACAACACCUAAAACUGAGCCACCAUCUACAGCUGGAACAACUACCAAACCAACAACCACUCCAGUGGUCACAACAACAUCCCAACCUACAGUAACAACAACUACAACUCCUGUAUCAAGUACAACAGCUGAAAGUAGUACAACAUCUACAACUGAGCCAACAUCUACAACUGGAACAACUACCAAACCAACACCCACUCCAGUGGUGACACCAACUACAACUCCUGUAUCAAGUACAACAGCUGAAAGUAGUACAACAUCUACAACUGAGCCAACAUCUACAACUGGAGCAACUACCAAACCAACACCCACUCCAGUGGUGACAACAACUACAACUCCUGUAUCAAGUACAACAGCUGAAAGUAGUACAACAUCUACAACUGAGCCAACAUCUACAACUGGAACAACUACCAAACCAACACCCACUCCAGUGGUGACAACAACUACAACUCCUGUAUCAAGUACAACAGCUGAAAGUAGUACAACACCUACAACUGAGCCACCAUCUACAACUGGAAUAACUACUAAAGCAACAACUACUCCAGUGGUGACAACAACUUCAACUCCUGUAUCAAGUACAACGGCUGAAAGUAGUACAACACCUAAAACUGAGCCACCAUCUACAGCUGGAACAACUACCAAACCAACACCCACUCCAGUGGUGAUAACAACUACAACUCCUGUAUCAAGUACAACAGCCGAAAGUAGUACAACACCUACAACUGUGCCAACAUCUACAACUGGAAUAACUACCAAAGCAACAACUACUCCAGUGGUCACAACAACAUCCCAACCUACAGUAACAACAUCGAAGCCUCCUGUAUCAAGUACAACAGCUGAAAGUAGUACAACAUCUACAACACCUAAAACUGAGCCACCAUCUACAGCUGGAACAACUACCAAACCAACAACCACUCCAGUGGUCACAACAACAUCCCAACCUACAGUAACAACAACUACAACUCCUGUAUCAAGUACAACAGCUGAAAGUAGUACAACAUCUACAAUUGAGCCAACAUCUACAACUGGAACAACUACCAAACCAACACCCACUCCAGUGGUGACACCAACUACAACUCCUGUAUCAAGUACAACAGCUGAAAGUAGUACAACAUCUACAACUGAGCCAACAUCUACAACUGGAACAACUACCAAACCAACACCCACUCCAGUGGUGACAACAACUAUAACUCCUGUAUCAAGUACAACAGCUGAAAGUAGUACAACAUCUACAACUGAGCCAACAUCUACAACUGGAACAACUACCAAACCAACACCCACUCCAGUGGUGACAACAACUACAACUGCUGUAUCAAGUACAACAGCUGAAAGUAGUACAACAUCUACAAUUGAGCCAACAUCUACAACUGGAACAACUACCAAACCAACACCCACUCCAGUGGUGACACCAACUACAACUCCUGUAUCAAGUACAACAGCUGAAAGUAGUACAACAUCUACAACUGAGCCAACAUCUACAACUGGAACAACUACCAAACCAACACCCACUCCAGUGGUGACAACAACUACAACUCCUGUAUCAAGUACAACAGCUGAAAGUAGUACAACAUCUACAACUGAGCCAACAUCUACAACUGGAACAACUACCAAACCAACACCCACUCCAGUGGUGACAACAACUACAACUCCUGUAUCAAGUACAACAGCUGAAAGUAGUACAACAUCUAUAACUGAGCCAACAUCUACAACUGGAACAACUACCAAACCAACACCCACUCCAGUGGUGACAACAACUACAACUCCUGUAUCAAGUACAACAGCUGAAAGUAGUACAACACCUACAACUGAGCCAACAUCUACAACUAGAAUAACUACCAAAGCAACAACUACUCCAGUUGUGACAUCUGAAUCAACAUCUACUGGGCUAACAAAAACAACAGGUAUAACAGUCAUAACAGGGACAACCACCACACACACUCCUACAGCAUCUGUGUCUCAAACUGUUCUUUCAACAACUGUGUCAAGUACAACAGCUGAAAGUAGUACAACACCUACAACUGUGCCACCAUCUACAACUGGAAUAACUACCAAAGCAACAACUACUCCAGUAGUUACAACAACAUCCCAAACUACAGUAACAACAACUACAACUCCUGUAUCAAGUACAACAGCGGAAAGUAGUACAACACCUACAACUGAGACAUCAUCUACAACUAGAAUAACUACCAAAGCAACAACUACUCCAGUAGUGACAUCUGAAUCAGCAUCUACUGAGCUAACAAAAACAUCAGAUAUCACAGUUAUAACAGGGCCAACCAUCACACACAGUCCUCCAGCAUCUGCAUCUCAAGGUGUUGCAACAACUGUUCAAAAAUCUACUCCUCCUGUAUCAAGUACAACAGCUGAAAGUAGUACAACACCUAAAACUGAGCCACCAUCUACAACUGGAAUAACUACCAAACCAACAACUACUCCAGUGAUCACAACAACAUCCCAACCUACAGUAACAACAACUACAACUCCUGUAUCAAGUACAACAGCUGAAAGUAGUACAACACGUACAACUGAGCCACCAUCUACAACUGAAAUAACUACCAAACCAACACCUACUCCAGUGGUCACAACAACUACAACUCCUGUAUCAAGUACAACGGCUGAAAGUAGUACAACACCUACAACUGAGGCACCAUCUACAACUGGAAUAACUACCAAACCAACACCCACUCCAGUGGUGACAACAACUACAACUCCUGUAUCAAGUACAACGGCUGAAAGUAGUACAACACCUACAACUGAGGCACCAUCUACAGCUGGAAUAACUACCAAACCAACACCCACUCCAGUGGUGACAACAACUACAACUCCUGUAUCAAGUACAACAGCUGAAAGUAGUACAACACCUACAACUGAGCCACCAUCUACAACUGAAAUAACUACCAAACCAACACCUACUCCAGUGGUCACAACAACUACAACUCCUGUAUCAAGUACAACGGCUGAAAGUAGUACAACACCUACAAUUGAGCCACCAUCUACAACUGGAAUAACUACCAAACCAACACCCACUCCAGUGGUGACAACAACUACAACUCCUGUAUCAAGUACAACAGCUGAAAGUAGUACAACACCUACAACUGAGCCACCAUCUACAACUGAAAUAACUACCAAACCAACACCUACUCCAGUGGUCACAACAACUACAACUCCUGUAUCAAGUACAACAGCUGAAAGUAGUACAACACCUACAACUGAGCCACCAUCUACAACUGAAAUAACUACCAAACCAACACCCACUCCAGUGGUGACAACAACUACAACUCCUGUAUCAAGUACAACGGCUGAAAGUAGUACAACACCUACAACUGAGCCACCAUCUACAACUGGAAUAACUACCAAACCAACACCCACUCCAGUGGUGACAACAACUACAACUGCUGUAUCAAGUACAACAGCUGAAAGUAGUACAACACCUACAACUGAGCCACCAUCUACAACUGAAAUAACUACCAAACCAACACCUACUCCAGUGGUCACAACAACUACAACUCCUGUAUCAAGUACAACGGCUGAAAGUAGUACAACACCUACAAUUGAGCCACCAUCUACAACUGGAAUAACUACCAAACCAACACCCACUCCAGUGGUGACAACAACUACAACUCCUGUAUCAAGUACAACAGCUGAAAGUAGUACAACACCUACAACUGAGCCACCAUCUACAACUGAAAUAACUACCAAACCAACACCUACUCCAGUGGUCACAACAACUACAACUCCUGUAUCAAGUACAACAGCUGAAAGUAGUACAACACCUACAACUGAGCCACCAUCUACAACUGAAAUAACUACCAAACCAACACCCACUCCAGUGGUGACAACAACUACAACUCCUGUAUCAAGUACAACGGCUGAAAGUAGUACAACACCUACAACUGAGCCACCAUCUACAACUGGAAUAACUACCAAACCAACACCCACUCCAGUGGUGACAACAACUACAACUGCUGUAUCAAGUACAACAGCUGAAAGUAGUACAACACCUACAACUGAGCCACCAUCUACAACUGAAAUAACUACCAAACCAACACCUACUCCAGUGGUCACAACAACUACAACUCCUGUAUCAAGUACAACGGCUGAAAGUAGUACAACACCUACAACUGAGCCACCAUCUACAACUGAAAUAACUACCAAACCAACACCCACUCCAGUGGUGACAACAACUACAACUCCUGUAUCAAGUACAACGGCUGAAAGUAGUACAACACCUACAACUGAGCCACCAUCUACAACUGGAAUAACUACCAAACCAACAACUACUCCAGUAGUUUCAACUAUGUCCUCAUCUACUGAAAGUAAAACCACAGUUGUCAUUACCUCAACCACAGAGUGUUUCUGCAUAAUAAACGGAACGCGUUAUACACCAGGACAGAUGAUACUUGAAGAUAAGCAUAUUGGCUCAGGUAUAUGUUUGACCAUGAUCUGUUCUGAUAGUUGUGUAAUACAGAACACAACAACACCAUGCCCAACAACACCACCACUUCCAGUAACUUGCCCAGAAUGGGGAGUAACUGUAAAUGAGACAUUUGUGAUAUGUAACUGCACAAUGGCCAGGUGCAUUGAAGACAAUAUUAUUGAGAUCAUCCCAUACGAAUGUCCACCUCUUGAAAACAUCACUUGUUCAAAUGGCAAACCACCUGUGGAGGUGUAUGACAAGUAUGGCUGCUGUAAACAACAUGCUUGUGACUGCUAUUGUGAAGGCUGGGGUGAUCCUCACUAUAAAACAUUUGAUGGCCUGUUCUAUAGUUAUCAAGGAGAAUGCACAUAUGUUUUAAUGGAGGAAAUCACGCCUUAUCACCACUUGAAAAUUUACAUUGAUAAUGUCAAUUGUGACCCCCGAGAGUCUGUGUCCUGCCCGAGAGCUGUAAUUGUGUCCUACAAUAAUGUAGUGAUCACACUGAAAAACCACAACCUUAUAGGAGCUGCCAAGCUGGAGGCUUUAAUGGGCCUUUCUGCUCUGAAAUUACCAUUUCAUCAAAGUGGUGUGAGGGUGGUGAGCUCUGGGUUGAACUUAAUCCUGGAGAUUCCAAAGCUAAAGGUUGUGGUGAUGUUUGGAGUCACUGGUUUCAGUGUCAACUUGCCAUUCCAGCAUUUCGGAAACAACACUCAAGGACACUGUGGUACCUGCAACAACAACCAGGCUGAUGACUGCAUGCUACCAGGGGGGAAACUUGUAGAUGACUGUGCAGUAAUGGCAAACUAUUGGCAAGCUAAAGACCUGAACAACCCCGAAUGCAAACUGCCACCGGAGGUGUCAACAACAGCUGCACCCAAUGAUUGUUCAAUCAACACAGUGUGUGAGGUUCUGAAGAGCGAUUUGUUUAAGGAGUGUCAUCCCCACCUCUCCCCGGAAAACUACUUCACUGGCUGCCAGUUUGACAGUUGUCGUAUGAGCAACCCAGCUGUGGUCUGCACCAGUCUUCAGACCUAUGCACUAGCUUGCUCACAGUUUGGUAUCUGCAUAAACUGGAGGAACCAUGUUGAUCUAUGCACUGUCGAAUGUCCAGCAGACAAAGUGUACCAAGCCUGUGGACCUGCUGACCCUCCAACGUGCAAAGACAGGCUUGAUGGCCCUUAUAUGAACGUGACUACUGAGGGUUGUUUCUGUCCUGAUGGCAUGCAGCUCUUCAGUAAGGAGUCAGGAGUGUGUGUUGACAAGUGUGGAUGCUUGGACCCCUCUGGUCAAGGACGAGAGUUUGGAGAAGAGUUCCAGCAUGGUUGCCAUGACUGUGUCUGUGAUAAGGCAUCUGAAUCCAUCAUCUGUAAACCAAAGAAGUGUUCAAACGACAACCAAGGGACUUGCACCGAUCCAGGAUUUAUUGUGGUCAAUGUGACAGAUCCAUCGGAUGCCUGUUGCACUGUGCUUACCUGCCGCUGUGAGAGCAGCACCUGUCCCAGUGUAGAUGACAAGUGUCCAACUGGCUACACUCCUAUACUCAGAGUGCCUGAAGGGAAAUGCUGCCCUGAAUUCACAUGCGAGCCAAAGAAAGUGUGUGUCCAUAAAGGACUGGAGUAUGAGCCUGGUACUUCAGUCCCUGUGGUUGAUUGCCAGGAGUGUCACUGCACUUGGAACGUGGAUCCGAAAACACAACUGUACAAGAUCCAGUGUGGAUUUGUGAUUUGCGAUGAGCAGUGUGAACCAGGAUAUGAGUAUGUGGAAUCAGACACUGCUGAAUGUUGUGGAAAAUGUGUAAAGAACAAAUGUGUCCUUCACUACAACAGCACAGUACACAUAUUUGAGAGUGGACAAGAAUGGACUCCUUUCAGUGAACCCUGUAACAAGUUCACCUGCACAAAGAUCGAUGGAGAAUAUGUCAUUACUAACUACAAGAUCCAGUGCCCACCAUUCAGCAUCAGCAAUUGCCAGCCUGGCACCGUGCAGCUUUCUGCUAAUCGCUGCUGCCAAGUCUGUGUGGAGAAGGACAAGGGAUGUAAAGUACAGACCACUGUUGAUUACAUCACUCACAACAACUGCCAGUCAAAGAACACAGUGGAACAAACACACUGUCAGGGACACUGUAACAGCUACAGCAAGUACAGUGAGUUGGGUUCUUCAUCUUGUAGCUGUUGCCAAGCGAGCCACACCAGUAACCGCACAGUGACUCUGGACUGCAUGAAUGGAGAUUCAGUAUCCCACACCUAUGUCCAUGUGGAGGCAUGCAGCUGUGACCAGACUAAUUGUCUCAAAGGGUUCCAGGACACACACACUCACAUAGGAGAUACUCGUCGGAGACGCAGCUUCAGACUCCCCUAAGGAUGUACUGUGACAACAAUAUCAUAGAAAAAACAGUCACAAAAAACUCCCUAUUUUGCAUUUUUCUCUGAGAUAUUUAGAAAAGAUUUCAAGUGCUUUAUCAUGAUUAUUUUUAAAGGUGUCUUUUAAAGGACCAGAUUGCUUUGCUUUUAAUUCAAAUAUAUGUAGCAGUUUAAAUAAAGAGCAGUUUAAAAGUC